UUUAAAAUUAUUUGUUACGAACACAAUGUUCUUGUUGAUUUCUAUAAGUUAGAAGGAAGGGUGGGAGCAGCCGCAAGCAAGAGGUAGCGAAUCAGAUUGAGAUGGGGUCGUUUGGUCGGAGAAGCAUGUCCACUGUGGCGAAAGCGGUGGAGGAAAUCACCGGCACUGGCAACACCAAGAUCCGCAAAUCUUCCAGCGAGCUCUGCACCUUCCUCGGCAUCCCUCGCCAAUCUCGUUCCGAAAUCGCUCUCAUUCUCUCCAAGUUCAUCAAACUCUAUAAUUUCAAGAGUCCCGGCAUUAAGAAGGACAAGAUUUGGGAGCAGAAUUUGCAGACACUGUUGCGUGGCAGAAACAAUGUUGGUUUUCCUGAGAUUGCGAAGAUACUGUCUCCGGAAUUCGGUCAUGGCGCGAUUAAUGUGAAGGACAGUAGUAUUGGGGAUUCUUCCGGGGACGCCACCAAGGGGAAAGGCCCUAAAAAAAAAGGGAAGUCCUCUAAGAAGUAGGAUAGGACUUGCACAUGCUUUGAAAUCACCUUCUUCUAUGACCCAAUUAAGUUUGAUGUUUGAAAGUUGAAAAUUUUAGCCUGUUGUGACUGGUUUGGGUAUUGUGUGUUGUUGUCUUCACAAUAAUUUUAGCGCAUCCAUUACUUACAUGAUAUGCUUGUUCAUUGGUUCAAGGAACAGCAAAAACUGUUUUGUUUUUUGAUCUUUUGUUUGUUGCCAUAGAAGUUAAACAAUUCAGAUAUUAUGCCCAUCAAUGGGUGGGGGAAAUGGCAAAAAAAAGAAAAAAAGAAUGGUCAUCUUCUCAUUUCAAUUUUGCAAUGCUUGCUUGCUAUCUUCAAACCACCCAACCAUAAUUUAGCAUUUCAUUGUAUGAAGUGCUGUCAUGAACUAUGAACAGUAGCCAAAGAUGUUGUAGAAGUUCUGUGGUUGUUUCUUUUAAAGGUAUUAGAUUUGGAGUUUUUUUCUUUCA